AUGAAUAGUGAUAGUGAAUUAAAUAACUAAAUCACAGAAACUUUAUUACAUAAAUUCAAGCAGAUGUAUGAAGAAACGAUUUUUAAUUUAAUACAAAAAAAUAAAAUGCUAGAAAAAGGAAUUAGGAAUUAGAAUAACAAAUCUUAAUAGUUAGAAGAUGAAUAAAUUUUGACAGAGAAAAAAGAAUAAAAGAAAAAAUAGAAUUAGAUGAAAUUUAUUAAUGUUCUUGAUUAAAAUUAAUUAGGCCUACAAUUUGAGGUAAAAAUAUAUUGUAAAAAUUAGUCAGGUAAUAAAUAAGAAUUAAAAAUAUAAAAUUUGUAAGAUAGAAACCAAUAAGUUAUUGAAAUUAAAUCGAAUUAAAUUUAGCACAUUUAAUUUGUUUAAGAAACUGAAAAAAAGUAAAAGAAAUAAGUUUACGAAGAAAAAACUCCAAUAAAAUAUAUUUAAAAAUCAAUUUACUAAAUUUAUGAUCAAGGAAAAUAUAUAAAUUCAAUGAGUUUUUAGAAAAGUACAUAACAAAAUCAGAUGAAUAUGAGUUAAAAGCAUAAACAUUUAAGCCUUUUAAGAAAUUAAUAAUAAUAAUUUGAUGAAUAGCUUUAAAUUUAUAAUUUGAAAUCAAACUUAGCAUAAAAUGAAAAAUUGUAACAAAAAAAAAUUCAUUAAAUAUAAUCAGAAUAAGAAUAAGUUAAGCCAAAUUAGGAUAAUGAGAAAAAUUAUUAUGAAAUAAUAUUAUAAUUAGAAAGAAAACUUUGUGAAUAAAACUUAAAUUAUUAAAUUUACGAAGACUAAAUAAAAGAGUUGUAAAAUUAAAUUUCUUAAAAGGAUUAAAUAAUUAAUCAACUUUUAUAAUAAAGAACUUCGGCUACUUCUAAUGAUACAACUUUGACAAUUGAAAAGAUUGAAGAAAAUUAGGAAUUAAUUAAUAAAUAAGUAUAGGGAUAAAAUAAAUAAGAAUAAAAUUUUAUAUAAAAUUAGUAUUAGAUUGAAUAAUCAUAGAACUAAAAAUGUAAUUAUUAAAAAUGAUAAUAAAUAGUGUAAGAAGAAUUAAAUGAAGAAAGAAGAAAGAAUUUGGAAUUGAUGAGAAACUAAAAAGAUUUUUUGCUUAAAUUAUAAGAUAUAUAUAGAUAAUCAAAAAUAAAAUAAUUUUUAAUGAAAUAAAUGGAGGAUGAAGAUUGUGAGGAAUAGGGAUAAAUAAUUAGUGAGAAUGAAUUUCUUAAAGAAUGGAAGAUAAAUUUUGAAUAGUUGGCUGAUGAAUUAGGAGAGUAUGAGGAAAAUGAAAGAAAUUUAAUGUAAUAAAUGGAAUCUUAAGAUAAAAAAUAUGAAAAAUUAAAUUAAUAAUAUUAAGAAAUUAACCAUUAUUAUGAAUGUAUUUUAAAUAAUAUCUUUUUUAGAGGCAUAUAAUAAAUUAGAAGAAAGUCUUCAUGAAAUUGAUAAUUUGAAUUAAUAAAUUUAAAAUUAGAAUUAGAAAAUAUAAGAUUAAAUAAAUCAGAUAGCAUAAUUACAAUAAAAAAUUCCUCAUUAAGAAGACUAAGGGAAUUAAAUCAUGAUAUAUUUUAAUGAUUAAUAAUAAUAAGUUUUAGAAAGUGAGGACCUAAAUAAUGAUUAAAAUGAUUUUUGA